AAUGACCUUGCUUUUGGGUGUCUUUCUCAGCAACAAUUUAGGCUGAUUUUCCUGCUAGUAUUUGUGUAUGGUACAGCAAAUGUAAUAAUUUUCUGCAAUUCGAUCCUUCUGGCAAAUGCGCAGCCUCCGGUCUAUCCAAACACUAUCUUCUCCUUAGUCAAGAACGAAGCAUGCCAAGCAAUCAACCAAUGUGGCAUUGUUAUGAGUGCAACGCAGAGAUGAGGCCGUUGAUGGUGCCUGAUCCGCAUUGCGCCAGCUGCAAUGGCACUUUUGUAGAAAUGAUCGAGAAUCCGGAUGAUGAUCCGCGUAACUUCCAGGUUGACGUCCAUCACCACCAUGACCAUGAUGGUCCGCUUGGUUUAGACCCAUUGGGACAACAAGACGAUGGCGCAAUCGGUACAGAUCAGGCACUCCGGAUGUUUCAAAUCAUUAUGGGCGGCGUCGGAGGCCCUCAACGUCGUGCAUCCAUCCGCAUAGAUCGACGAACCGGGAACGAAGCUCCGGACCCCGCCGGUGAUUUCCGUUUGGGGGGUGGCCCGUCGUCUGGGAUUCGCACUUCUGGAUUUGUUUGGACGUCCACUGGAGGGGGGAGACGAAUUGGUGAUGGAGAGAGGAGCGGAAUCGAUUCUUUGCCACCUUUUGGAUCGAUAUUCUACGGUGUUCCAAUGUCACCAGGUAUCGCCAGUCGAGAGCGUGAAGAGCUCGGCGGGCCACCUCCUUUCUUGAGGCACCUCCUCAUGAACAUUUUGGGACCUCCUGGAGGCAAUGGCCAAUUUGGAGAUUAUGUUCUCGACAAUGAAGCCUUGGACCAAAUAUUAACUCAUCUUAUGGAACAGUCUCAGGGUGACAAGCCAGUCCCCGCAAGUGAUGAAAUGAUUGCUCAACUACCGCGUGGGCGCGUCACUCCUGGCAGUAAUUUGCUCGAAAAUGAGUGCGCAAUAUGCAAAGACUCGUUCGAAGUGCAGCAAGAGACCAUUUCGCUUCCUUGCAAACACAUCUUCCACGAUGAAUGCAUCCUUCCCUGGAUCAGGCAGUCCGGGACAUGCCCAGUUUGUCGCUAUGAGUUGGUGCCACAACCGAGGCACGGGGGGCCACACAUUUCACCUAAUGGAGGCGGUGGGAAUGGCAGUUCGACUUCCCACAAUAGCGGUGCCAGGCAGUCCGAUGCGACGUCCAGCUCGCAACGAUUCAUCCCCGGCGGUUGGGAGGGCUUCUUUUGAGUAGUAUUCUAUGCGGCUACGCUUCUCCUUUCUCACACUGCCUCAGUGUCCUUGCGACCACGGACGCUCUUUCCCAUCCUUAGAUUGUUGACUUCCUGUCCUAUUUCCAUUGUGACGCGUGCAUUCCUUUCUUACUAUGCACCAUACAUGUACAAUAUAAUGUAAUGGGCU